AUGGUCUCAACUCGUAACCAACGCAGAACUUUUAGGUCCUUUGCUCGUACACCAAGUUUGAAGACUGGAAAACCUUUACAUCCAUCAACUUCAUAUGAGCUUGCUCAAAAGCUCAAGAAAAAGGUUGUUGAGGAUAGUGAAGAUGAAGACGACACACAAGCUGAUUCGGAGAAAAAGGAAGCUGAAUCAAACAUAGGGAAAUUACAGGAUAAGUUCAAGGACUUAUUUCAAGAUGUGCAUGGUUUGCCACCGCAGAGAGCUGUGGAGCAUAAUAUUCGGGCACUUAACAAAAUAACCAUCAAGAAUCGGUAUCCAUUGCCAAGGAUUGAUGAUUUGUUAAAUCAAUUACAUCGUGUUCAUUACUUUACGACACUAGAUCUUAAAUCCGGCUAUCACCAGGUUCGCAUAAAUGAAGAAGACACUUGGAAGACUGCUAUCAAGAUGAAGCAGGGACUCUUUGAGUGGCUAGUCAUGUCAUUCGGGCUAUGUAAUGCUCCAGCUACCUUCAUGCGAUUGAUGAAUGAGGUACUCCGUCCUUUCAUUGACAACUUCGUCACUGUAUACUUAGAUGACAUUCUCAUAUUUAGUGUCACAUGGGAGGACCAUCUUCAUCAUAUUGCUCAAGUUUUGGAGGUUAUAUGA